CAGGCCUCUAGGAAGGUAUGGCCUCACAAGUCUUGGUCUACCCACCGUAUAUUUAUCAAACUCAGUCAAGUGCCUUUUGUAGUGUGAAGAAACUCAAAGUAGAGCCAAGCAGUUGUGUAUUCCAGGAAAGAAACUAUCCACGGACCUAUGUGAAUGGUAGAAACAUUGGAAAUUCUCAUCCUCCCACGAAGGGUAGUGCUUUUCAGACAAAGAUGCCAUUUAACAGACCUCGAGGACACAACCUUUCAUUGCAGACAAGUGCUGUUGUUUUAAAAAGCACUGCGGGUGCUACAAAGGUUAUAGCAUCUCAGGUGCAGCAAACUCAAGUGGAGGCACCUCAGAUUGGGGCGUGGCGACACAGGUUGAAUUUCCUAGAAGGCCCCCAGCGAUGUGGAUUGAAGUGCAAGAGUGAGGCGUUGGAUAAUCAUAGCGCAAUGCAGAUUGUGGAUGAGUUGUCCAUACUUCCUGCAAUGUUGCAAACCAACAUGGGAAAUCCAGUGACAGUUGUGACAACUACCACAGGAACAAAACAGAAUUGUACCACUGGGGAAGGUGACUAUCUACAGCAUGAAGUCUUAUGCUCCAUGAAAACUACUUAUGAAGUCCUUGAUUUUCUUGGUCAAGGCACUUUUGGCCAGGUAGUCAAAUGCUGGAAAAGAGGGACAAAUGAAAUUGUAGCAAUCAAAAUUUUGAAGAACCACCCUUCUUAUGCACGUCAAGUUGAGAUAGAAGUGAGCAUACUAGCAAGGCUCAGUACUGAAAACACUGAUGAAUAUAACUUUGUACGAGCUUAUGAAUGCUUUCAGCACCAUAACCAUACUUGUUUAGUCUUUGAGAUGCUGGAACAAAACUUGUAUGACUUUCUGAAACAAAAUAAGUUCAAUCCUCUGCCACUAAAAGUAAUUCGACCCAUUCUUCAGCAAGUGGCCACUGCACUGAAAAAAUUGAAAAGUCUUGGUUUAAUUCACACAGACCUCAAACCAGAGAAUAUUAUGUUGGUGGAUCCUGUUCGACAGCCAUAUAGGGUUAAAGUAAUAGACUUCGGGUCUGCCAGUCACGUAUCAAAGACUGUUUGUUCAACAUAUCUGCAAUCUCGGUACUACAGAGCUCCAGAGAUUAUAUUGGGGUUGCCAUUUUGUGAAGCCAUAGACAUGUGGUCACUGGGAUGUGUGAUUGCAGAAUUAUUCCUUGGAUGGCCUCUCUACCCAGGAACCUUGGAGUAUGACCAGAUUCGAUACAUUUCUCAGACUCAAGGUUUACCAGGAGAACAGUUGUUAAAUGUGGGUACAAAAUCCACAAGAUUUUUUUGCAGAGAAGAUAUCUCUCAUUCUGGUUGGAGAUUAAAGACACUGGAAGAACAUGAGGCUGAGACAGGAAUGAAGUCUAAAGAAGCCAGAAAGUACAUAUUCAACAGUCUGGAUGAUAUAGUGCAUGUGAACACAGUGAUGGAUUUGGAAGGAAGUGAUCUUUUGGCUGAGAAAGCUGAUAGAAGAGAAUUUGUUAGUCUGUUGAAAAAAAUGUUGCUAAGAAUUACUCCAGCAGAGACUUUGAACCAUGCUUUUGUUAAUAUGAAACAUCUUCCAGAUUUCCCGCAUAACAACCAUGUAAAGUCCUGUUUUCAUAUUAUGGAUAUUUGUAAGUCCCAUCCGAAUUCAUGUGACACAAAUAAUCACAAUAAAACUUCACUCUUGAGACCAGUUGCUCCAAGCAGUACUGCUAAUCUGACAGCAAAUUUUACUAAAAUUGGCACAUUAAGAAGUCAGGCAUUAACCACAUCUGCUCAUUCAGUUGUGCACCAUGGGAUUCCUCUGCAGGCUGGAACUGCUCAUUUUGGUUGUGGUGAUGCUUUUCAGCAGACACUGAUUAUCUGUCCACCAGCUAUUCAAGGUAUUCCUGCAACACAUGGUAAACCCACUAGUUAUUCAAUAAGGGUAGAUAAUACAGUACCCCUUGUAACACAGGCCCCAGCCAUGCAGCCACUACAGAUCCGACCAGGAGUUCUUUCUCAGACAUGGUCUGGUAGAACACAGCAGAUGCUGGUACCUGCCUGGCAACAGAUAACACCCAUGGCUCCUGCUAUUCCAUUAGCUUCUGAGGGCAUGGCUGGUUCACAAAGGCUUGGAGACUGGGGGAAAAUGAUUUCACACAGCAAUCGUUACAGCUCAGUGAUGCCACAACCUCUUCUAACCAAUCAGAUCACCUUAUCAGCCCCUCAGCCAAUUAGUGUGGGCAUCGCACAUGUUGUGUGGCCUCAACCUGCCACCACCAAGAAAAAUAAACUGUGCCAGAACAGGAGUAAUUCAUUGCAGAAUACCAAUAUCCCACAAUCAGCAUUUAUUUCUCCAAAGAUAGUAACUGGGAAAGAUGUUGAGGAAGCAAGUUGCAUAGAAACACAGGACAAUCAUAACUCAGAAGGAGAGGCAAGAAAUUGUUGUGAAACUUCUAUCAGGCAGGACUCUCAUUCAUCAGUUUCAGAUAAACAGCGGCAAACCAUCAUCAUCGCUGACUCCCCGAGUCCAGCGGUGAGUGUGAUCACCAUUAGCAGUGACACUGAUGAGGAAGAGUCGUCACAGAGACAUUCGCUCAGAGAAUGUAAAGGUAAUCUGGAUUGUGAAGCUUGCCAGAGCACUUUGAAUAUUGAUCGGAUUUGUUCAUUAAGUAGUCCUGAGAGUACUCUGAGUACCAGCUCCUCAGGGCGGUCCAGCCCAUCCCCUUGCAAGAGACCGAACAGUAUGUCAGAUGAAGAACAGGAAAGUAGUUGUGAUACUGUGGAUGGCUCUCCAACAUCAGACUCUUCAGGAUAUGGCAGUCCGUUUGCAGAGAGCAGUUUUGUGGCAGAUACUCAUCAAAAUACAGAACUGGUAACCUCUGCUGACACAGAAACCAAACCAGCUGUUUGUACUGUUGUGGUGCCACGAAUGGGACUAGAAAAUGGAUUAAAUGCCGAUGAGCAUAUGGCAAACACAGAUUCUAUAUGCCAGCCAUUAAUAAAAGGACAAUCUGCUCCUGGAAGAUUAAACCAGCCUUCCACGGUAGGUAAUCGUCAGCAAAAAUUGACAUCAGCAUUCCAGCAGCAGCAUUUGAACUUCAGUCAGGUUCAGCACUUUGGAUCUGGGCAUCAAGAAUGGAAUGGAAACUUUGGACAUCAAAGGCAGCAAGCUUAUAUCCCUACUAGUGUUACUAGUAAUCCAUUCACUCUUUCUCAUGGAAGUCCUAAUCACACAGCUGUGCACGCCCAUCUGGCUGGAAAUACGCACCUCGGAGGACAGCCUACUCUACUUUCAUACCCAUCACCAGCUGCCCUCAGCAGUGCUGCCCCAGUGGCCCACCUCUUAGCCUCUCCGUGUACCUCAAGACCUAUGUUACAGCAUCCAACUUAUAAUAUCUCCCAUCCCAGUGGCAUGGUUCACCAAGUCCCAGUGGGCAUAAAUCCCCAUCUGUUACCAUCCCCAACCAUUCAUCAGACUCAGUACAAACCAAUCUUCCCACCACAUUCUUACACUGCAGCAUCACCUGCAUAUACUGGAUUUCCACUGAGUCCAACCAAACUCAGCCAGUAUCCAUAUAUGUGAAAAUUCAAGAGUAUAUUGAGGAAGCUCAAUGAUAUAAACAUUUGAUUAAAAAUAAAACAUGGUAUUUAAUAAAUAUUAGCCAUGGCACAAGAAAAUUAUUUUUGAAUCAUGUAGACUUGGGUGCAAUUUAAACAACUUUGAGCUUUAAAAAAAACCUCACUUUUAAUGUGUUUUGCACAUUUGGUAUAACUUGUCUUUGGUCAUGUUAUCUUCUUAUGUAGUAACUCUAGGCAGGUGACUUAUGGGAGCAGAAGUCCAGUUUUGCUCCCUCUAUUUUUUUUUAUAAAAUUGCCUUCUAACUAGUGCAAGACACGUCUAUAUUUGGGAAGCCAUUCUGUGUACAGACUUAGAGCAACAGAUGCACAUAUGUCAGAAUUACAGCAUACAAGUGAAUUGUAUUAUCUGUGUCUUAGUGUAUAAAUGUUGGGUCACUUACCUAAGAAACUGAGCUAUUGUUCUUUACAUUUGCAUGUGUCUUUGCAUGGGCAAAAUGUUGCCUAGACUUUGCUCUUAAAUGUUGUUCUAAUAAUCUCAGCUGCAUUGUAAACCGUUCCCACACAUAGUGCCUUAAAUAUUUGAGGUUGUUAAUGUUAUUACUAUAUAUAAAUGUUGAGGACUGCAGCACUUAAAGUUCAGACUUACUCUUUAGUUUCCUUUGAUGGAGUAAUGUUCAUUUUUGGUUUUGUGUGGUACGAUUUCAGGUUGUAGCUGUUUUUUCCUUCCUAAGAGGGCAGCAGGUUUGCUAUAGCUGAAUUCUGCUGUCUUGAUUUUUCAGAAUGAUCUAGCUUCAAGAAAAGCAAGCAGGUAGUAGUGCUUAAGAAAAAUUGAUUCAGUAUCUAAUGGAUAGUUGAUACCUGUCACAACACAGCAUUUUAUAUACUGUUAAGUGAAACUGCAAUGCAAUCUAAGUUUAUUUUGGGACUGUUAGCUGUAUAAUUGGAUUUAAUAAAAUGUUUAGAGAUGCAGUACAGUAGGCAUGACUUUGAGUAGAUAAUGAAAGAAAAUGCAAAAUGCUCAUUGAUUCAUGAUGUGGUUUCAUCCUAGCUUGGGCAAACCAUGCAGUAUUUAAUAAAUAGUAGCAGAAUAUU